AGAGUGGAAUGUUACGUCCUACUAGGCAGCGUCUUUUCAAGCAAAUAAAGAGGGUAUAUGCUCGGUCCUAUGCUAAAUCUGUUCCAGCAGUGGAUGGAUUUUCUGUCUUAAACCCUGCAAAUGGUCAAGUCCUACGCUCCUUCAAUCCUAUAUCUUCAAACGAUAUCAAUGCCGCUAUCGAAGAUGCUCAACAAACCUUCAACUCUGGAAUAUGGUCAAAAGCGCCUGCUAUUACUCGGUCAAAAGUGCUCACGCGUCUGGCUCGGAUUUUGGAGGAGCGAGUACCUGAAAUAGCCCGAUUGGAGAGCUUACAGACGGGGAGAACCAUAAGAGAGAUGAACGCUCAAUUGGGUCGUUUGCCAGACUGGUUAGAUUAUUAUGCGGCCUUGCUCAGGACUCGUCAAGAUUUCAUCGCUCCUACCCAAGGAAAGCUUAUGAAUUACGUUCAACGAGUUCCUUUGGGUGUUGUUGCGCAAAUUACACCUUUCAACCAUCCGCUCUUAAUUGCAAUCAAGAAGAUCGCUCCUGCUUUAGCAGCAGGCAAUUCUAUCAUUGUUAAACCUUCCGAGCAAGCACCCUUAACGGUACUACAAUUCGCGACAAUGGCUUUAGAAGCUGGAUUACCUCCAGGAGUUGUCUCUGUUAUUCCAGGAUUCGGACACACCGUAGGCAAAGCAAUUGUCAGCAAUCCCCUCAUCCGAAAAGUCGAUGUUACUGCUGGGACAGAAACCGGGCGUGCCCUAGGCAGCAUUGUGGGGUCCAACCUGGCUACAUAUACAGCUGAACUCGGGGGCAAGGCACCUAUCGUCGUUUUCGACGAUGCCGACCUCGACUCCGCCGUCAACGGAGCGGCCUUCGCUUCAUUCGUCGCUUCCGGCCAAACCUGCGUGUCCGGAACUCGACUAAUCGUCGCAAGCCAGAUCUACGAUACAUUCCUGGACAAGUUCCUUACCAAAGUUCGAAGCAUCCGAGCGAGAAUGGGUAACCCGAUGAACCCAAAAUCGACAAUGGGAAGUGUCAUCUCAUUGCGCCAGCUUGAACGGAUCGAAGCUAUGGUCGAGCGUACGCAGGGUCGGAUCAUCGAAGGGGGGAAACGCAUGUCAGGAAUCUCAGAUCUGGAUGGUUUCGAUUUCAGCGGAGGCAGCUUUUUCCCUCCCACUGUAAUCACGGAUAUAUCAGUGGAGGAUGAGCUAUGGCAGGAAGAGGUAUUUGGUCCUGUCGUUGUCGUGAAACGAUUUACAGAUGAAGCUGAAGGUGUUGCCUUGGCCAAUGCUUCCAAAUAUGGGUUGGGCGCGGGCAUAUGGACGACAGACUUAUCGAGAGGUCAUAGAGUCGCAGCUGAUAUCGAAGCUGGUCUCUGCUGGGUGAACACACAUCACCGGAAUGAUCCUAGUUCCCCUUGGGGUGGCAUGAAAGAAAGUGGAAUUGGCCGAGAGAAUGGUCUUGAGGCAUUUGAAGCUUACACCCAGAGCAAAUCUACAAUUGUGAACCUUGCCUCGAGUGAAGAAACAAGAAUAGCUGAUGAUUGGUUCGCUGAAGGAAAUGAAGUUCGCAGAUACGGUUGAGGACUGCAUCUAUAACCCGAAAACCUGUAAUGUACAUACACUGUUGUGCAAAGCAGACGCAAAUUAAACCAAUAUACAAUGUCCAAGG